ACGCAGACCCUCUCUCUCCCUUCUGUCCCUCUUACUCUCUCACCUCUCUCUCUCCUCCCAACACACUCCUUCUCUCUCUAGUCGUUUAUAAUCUUAUCAAAUGGUUUGAAUUUGGAUUGGAUUGUGUGAGAAAUGCCAGCGACGGAAUACUCGUCAGCUGGUUCCAACCAAAUCGGACGGUCAAUCUUCGGCCUCAGACGCGAUCAGUUGAAUUCAAUGGAAACCCACGGCCUUUCAGGUGGUGGUGGCGGUGGUAGUGGUGGAUUGAACCUCGAUUCCUUCCAAACCCACGUCGCCGAUUGCUUCCUCCAACUCUCCUCCUCCCACGACCUCCUCUCCCUCCCAUGGCUCCGAGACCUCCUCGACUCCUUCCUCCGCAUACACCAGGAGUUCAAAACCCUCCUCAUCCUCUCCACCAAAACCCACAUCUCCAAACCCACCGUUGACCGCUACAUCUCCGACUACUUCGAGCGCAGCGUCAAAGCCCUAGACGUCUGCAACGCCAUCCGCGACGGAAUCGAGGAGAUGCGCCAGUGGCUCAAGCUGCUCGACAUCGUCCUCGUCGCGCUUGACCGCGACAGGACACUCGGCGAGGGCCAAUUUCGCCGCGCGAAGAAGGCUCUCGUCGACCUGGCCAUCGCAAUGCUCGACGACAAGGACUCCUCCAACACCACCAUAGCCCACCGGAACCGCUCCUUCGGCCGAAACAACAACACAAAGGAUCAUCACCAGCAGCAGCACCGGUCGCUCGGCCACUUCCGAUCUCUGUCCUGGAGCGUCUCGCGGUCGUGGUCGGCCGCGAGGCAGCUGCAGGCAAUCGGGAACAAUCUAUACGCCCCUAGGCCCAAUGAAAUUGUGGCCUCCAGCGGGCUCGCGCCGGCGGUUUUCACAAUCAAUUCGGUUUUGCUGUUCGUAAUGUGGGCCCUGGUGGCGGCGAUCCCCUGCCAGGACAGGGGACUGCAGGUGCAUUUCAACGUGCCGAGAAGCUUCGUGUGGGCGGGGUCAAUGCUGUCUCUGCACGAUCGGAUUAUGGACGAGUCGAAGCGGCGGGACCGGAGAAAUGCCUGCGCAUUGUUGAAGGAGAUUCAUCAGAUCGAAAGGUGCUCGCGGGUGAUCGGCGAUCUGGCAGACUCGGCGCACUUCCCGCUUGCGGAGGCGAAGGAGAAGGAGGUGAGGGAGAGAGUGCAGCAACUGUCGAGUCUCUGCGAGGGGAUAAAGGAGGGGUUGGAUCCUCUGGAGCGGCAGGUGAGGGAGGUGUUCCAUGCCAUUGUAAAAAGCCGAACGGAGGGGAUGGACUCGUACUGAAGAACUAAUAACCCCGAAUGAUCAUCGAAAUCAAUUGCCAAUUGAAGAAGAAGAAGACGAUGAGAUCAAUUUUGGCGCCAAUAAAAAUUGGGUAAGGAGGAGAUAUGACUUUUUUUCUUUCUUUGUAUUUAAUCAUCACUGAAUGGAUCAGCAGAUCACCAUAUAUAUUGUGUAUAGAAAUUAGGGUUUAUGCAAAUGGACCAACUUCUCCCUUUAAUUUGUGUUGUUGCUGAUUUAAUUUACCUUUGUAUAAUGGAAUUUCUGAGCAUGCUUCUGGCUGCUGCUCUUUCUCAUUUU